AUGCGAUGGCCACCAUGGUCAAAAGAAAGGGACAGCGAUGACAAAAAAGGGCAAGUCUCAUGGACGGAUAGCCUCAAUGCCACAGACUGGUCCCACUAUACUGAUCCAAGAACCAUAAUACCGACGCUUCUCCUCACAACAGCAAUCCUAGCAUCUGUUCGCGUAUACCGUACAUACCUACGUCGUAUCCCAGAAGCUGGGUACAUACGCCCUGGAUUCUUCAGAAGAAGAAGUUUGUUUGGAAUUGUAACGAGAGUGGGCGAUGGCGACAAUUUCCACCUUUUCCAUACACCCGGCGGGAGGUUGGCCGGCUGGGGAUGGAUGCCAGGAAGGAAAAUACCCAAGAAGAAGAGCGAGUUAAAGGAUAACACGAUAGCCAUCCGUAUAGCAGGAAUCGACGCGCCAGAAGGGGCACAUUUUGGAAAGCCAGGACAGCCAUAUGCCGCCGAAGCUCUAGCCUGGCUCAGAGGAUACAUCCUGAAUCGACGCGUGCGAGCUUACAUUUACAAGAGGGAUCAGUACGACCGUGUUGUGGCUACGGUAUGGGUGCGCAAGUUUGGUCUGCGCAAGGAUGUAGGAAGAGAGAUGCUGAAGGUAGGACUUGCUACUGUUUACGAGGCGAAAAUGGGAGCGGAGUUUGGGGAUUUUGAGCAGAAAUACAGGAGGACGGAGAAGUGGGCAAAAUGGUGGAAACGGGGCAUCUGGGCAGGGAAAGCGAGUGAUUUCGAAAGUCCGAGGGAGUAUAAGACCAGGAUUGCUGCAUCUAAUGAUCCGAAAUGA